AUGCGCCCUCUCCGCCUACUGCUUUCGCUGUCUACGAGCCUAGUCGCUGUCACGCUCCUCCUAUACAUGGUCGUGGGAACAUCGCAGAAUGAAGAACAGGAACGCAUCUCAGUUGCGUCAAGCCGAGGCAGUUUCAAAGCCAUGUUCUCUUCACCGUUCCCCAGCUCGUUGUUCCCGCCGUCCGCGAUUAUUAGUUUGACCGACGAUAAUUCGACCUUCUUCCUCGCCCGACCCGCUGCCUUCGGUCCCGCGCUACCCAAAGGAGGCUUGAGCGGCUCUCUAUGGAUCGGUAGCGGGUUUGGAGAUGACUCCAUGGGCGCCGGCGGCGAGCUGGGUUGCAGCGACGUUCCGGGCUGGGAAGAUGGCAACGAUGACCUCAUGCGCGCUUCACGGCCAUCGGGCUAUUCCAAAGGAAAAGCAAAGGACACCACGCUGGACAGGAAUUUGCCUUCGAAAAAGGGAGUACCUGGCCCUAGCGAAGACAACACCAAGGACGCCGUUGCGGACGAUGGAACGGACGAUCACCUGCAACCUGGGCUUUCCAGCACCCACAUACUGCCACGAAGCAAACACGCUGAUAUACAAUCACUACAAGAGAGUGCUGAGAUUGCUGGCAAGGUUGUACUCCUCAAGCGAGGGGGUUGUGGUUUCCUGGCCAAAGUUCAAUGGGCACAAUCGCGUGGAGGAGUCGCCGUUAUCGUUGGCGACGACGUGCGUGGCGGCGCCCUCGUUCACUUCGACCCACGGGAAGCAACACUCGCUUCCAUCCAAAAAGAAGACUGCGGAGGGACAGCGCACUAG